AUGGUUGGAUCAAGCAUAAUGAAAAAAGAAAGCAAAGGUAAACUUCAGGGUUGUUCAAAAACGAAAAAGAGCAGAAGCCGAGACAAGAACCAUAAAGUUCCCAACAUUCUGGCACUUCCAAACGAGUUGGUCACGGAAAUUCUAGCUCUUGUUGCCUCUUCCUCAUCAAUUGAUUUAUUCAGUGCCAAGUUAAGCUGUAAGGAUAUUUUCCAAGCAACUGAAGACAAGUAUAUAUAUAGGCAAGUAUCACUUGAAAGAUUUCCUCCUGUUCCUUGGUUUAUAAGCAAACAGGCUUCUUCCUUCUUAGAUAGAUGCAAAGAGAAUGGGAACCCGGAGGCCUUGUUUAGGCAAGGAGUGGUGGAAUGCUUCAGUCAAAUCAAAUUGGAAUCAGGGCUAAGGUGUCUGAAGAGAGCUGCAAGCUCAGGACAUCAUAGAGCUUCAUACAUUCUUGGUGUUAUUUUACUGUGCAGCGAAAACAAGUACGAACAAGAAGGCAUGAAAUUGAUUGAUGAUGUUAAAAGGAACAAGAAAAUAGGAGAAUGUCGCCAGAAGUUGAAAGAUAUUAUAUGGAACAUCUGGUUGAAAAAUAAAUUUAUUUUAGAAGCAAAACCGAACGGUUGUCCCCUGUCACAUCUGCACAGGAAAAGGGAAGGCUGGCCUAGCUUUAAUGUGGAUGAUGAUGAUGAUAUCAGCUGCCGAGAAUGUAGUUGUCAUCGUGAGGUUAUUUUCGUUUGUAACCUCCUGAAAGGUGCUUAG